AUGGGCGGAUAUCCUGUCGUGACAUGGAAUUCGUAUUCGCAAGCACAGCGACUGCUGCCUCCCAAGUACCGUCUCGCAAAGGACCUUCCACAUGAGCUCCAGGACCGCGUCAAUGCCCUCCCUCAGUCGUUCAGAGAUUCGCCCCAGGCAACCGUGCUUUUCGAGGCUAUGAUCGAUGAAGCAAUGGAUGACGAGCUUAGAGCCCCUCCCAUAUCAAUCAUCAACGAGGUGACUGACGAAGGCGCGCCGCCUUGGGAAUUCGUAUACACGAACCAGAUGUGGUAUGGCGAGGGCGUUCCGCCGCCAGAUAUCAAGAAUUUGAAAAGUUGCGGCUGUGUUGGGCGAUGCGAUCCAAAGUCGAAGACGUGUGGGUGCGCGAAGCGGCAACGCCAUCAUCUUAAGCGAUAUAUUGCCGACAAUACCAUACCGGACACCUGGCAUGGCGUACCGUUUAUGUACGACAGCAAGGGGUCUCUGCAGUUCUUCGGGAUGCCGAUCUUUGAGUGUAAUGAUUUCUGUGGGUGCGAUGAGGAUUGUCCGAACCGAGUUGUUCAGAGAGGCAGGAGAUAUGUUGUCAACAUCAAAAGGACAGAAUCUAAAGGAUGGGGUGUCUUUAAUGGGCCGAAGAAGAUUCCUGGGGGAUCAUUUAUCGGCAUUUAUGCUGGCGAGUUACUGACCGUGGAGGAAUCUGACCGCCGUGGAGUGCUAUACAACAAGUUCGGACGAACUUACCUCUUCGAUAUUGAUUUCCAUUAUAUGGGUGCGGUUGCAACGUACUCUGUGGAUGCUUAUCACGCUGGAAACAACCACAGUUGCGACCCGAAUUGUGAAAUCAAUCCGUGCUAUAUCAACGAAGCCAAUCUCGAGAAGCCGUUGUUGACAAUCUUUACCAGGCGAGAUGUCGAACCAUUCGAGGAGCUAUCUUUCUCAUACAUGGGCUGCAUCGAUGAUGACAUGGCCAAAAAUGUGAAAAAGAGCAACGAUGCGGUCUAUGCGGAGUGUCAUUGUGGGAGCGCAAACUGUUUGGGAGUGUUAUUUUCGUAA